AUGAUGGGUGAGGGAGAGAGGGCGUUGUUUAGGGCCACGAGCGCCAGAGCCGACAGCCCAGCUCGGACUCGGUUCGCACGCGUGCGCCGGGCCACCAUCGCAGAGCUCGUCACUGCCCGUGGCGGCGAACUCCGACAGUCCGCGCGACCGUCAUCUUAUCUCCUCCGUCCUUGUUUUCCCCUCUCUCCUCUUCUCCUCUCUCUCCUCCUCGUCUUCCCCUUCUCCGUCCCCUUUCUUCCCAUCGCCGUGCUCGCCGGCGACCGCGACCAUCAGCCAUCACCCCUCGCAGGUGCCACCCGUGGGACGCCCGGCUCACGCUGUGCCCUUGGCGGCCCGCGUGGCCCACAUCCUGCGCGGCACUCGGCAGACCAUUCUCGAGCGGUCGUCGCCGCUGCCAGCGCCGGCAACACAAUUGUCAAUCCCUUCGUCGCCGUCACGCAAGUCACGCGCUUCGUCACCCCCGCUCUUCCCAGCACAACCCUAGCCUGCCUAGAUCCCAUGUCCACUCGCUCGCUCCCCCGCUCCUCCCCCCUUAUCGCGGCUCACGCACCACAGCCGCGCCCGGGGCAUCGAAGCCGAUGA